AUGUUCAACGGGAUGAUGGAUCCUGAAUUGAUGAGAGUCGCUCAGGAACAGAUGAGUCGCAUGUCGCCAGCUGAGUUGGCCAGAAUUCAGCAACAGAUGAUGUCUAAUCCUGAUUUGAUGAGGAUGGCUUCAGAAAGCAUGAAAAAUAUGAGGGCUGAAGACUUGAGAAAUGCUGCUGAACAAUUGAAGUAUACUCGUCCUGAGGAGAUGGUUGAGAUUGGUGAGAAGAUGGCUAAUGCAAGCCCUGAAGAGAUAGCAGCAAUGCGUGCACAAGUUGAUGCACAAGUCACUUAUGAAAUAAAUGCAUCUGAGAUGCUGAAGAAACAGGGAAAUGCGCUUCAUAGCCAGGGCAAGUAUAAUGAUGCGUUGCAGAAAUAUUUGCUUGCAAAGAAGAACCUGAAAAGCAUUCCAACCUCCAAAGGCAGAACCAUCUUAUUGGCUUGCUCUCUUAACAUGAUGUCAUGUUACUUGAAAACAACGCAGUAUGAUGAGUGCAUAAAAGAAGGCACCGAGGUAUUGGCACGUGAUGCUAAGAAUGUCAAAGCUCUUUAUCGGAGGGGUCAAGCUUAUAAAGAAUUAGGACAAUUAGAAGAUGCGGUCUCUGAUUUGAGUAAAGCACAUGAAGUUUCUCCUGAGGAUGAAACCAUUGCAGACAUCUUAAGGGAUGCCAGGGAAAGAUUGGAGAGAGAAGGUGGUGGAAAUACAUCAAGAGGAUUGGUUAUUGAAGAAAUAACUGAAGAAGAGCAGACUGUUUCUUCAGAGAAUUGUGGAAGUUCAACUAAAGAAUAUUCUGUGUCACAACCACAAGAAACCAAUGGCUACUCUAAGAGUCAACCUGAGAUAAACACCAAGGCCACUUCAACAAAUUCAGACUAUGUCCAUGCUUUAAAAGAUGACCCAGAAGCAAUCAGAUCCUUUCAGAACUUCAUGUCUCGUGCCGAUCCUGAAACUCUGGCUAGUAUGAGUGGUGGAAAGCCUGAAGGGAUAUCUCCUGAUAUGAUUAAGACUGCCUCAAAUAUGAUCAGCAAGAUGUCUCCUGAAGAACUUCAAAGAAUGUUCCAAAUGGCUUCUUCCUUCCAGGGAGAGAACCCACUUCUUAUGAGGGGUUCCUCAGACUCAGAUUUGAACAGCUUCAGACCUGGACCAGUUCCCCCUGAUGCGACACCUGACAUGCUCAAAAUGGCAAGUGAUAUGAUGAGUAAGAUGUCACCAGAAGAUAUGCAGAAAAUGUUUGAAGUGGCAUCAUCUUUGAAAGGUAAAGAUUCAGGGCCGACGACUGGAGCAUUACAUUCUAAUGUAGUUAGAUCAGAUACUGGAUCAAAACCUGUUGAUUCCUGGGAAAGUUUUAGGGGAGACCAUACUGAUGAAAGUAGUUCUUCUCAUGGGUUUUUAAGUUCGAGAAGUGCUCCUCAAUCAAGCUUCCCCAACCCAACUGCUGAUCUGCAAGAGCAAAUGAAAAAUCAAAUGAAAGAUCCGGCCAUGCGGCAGAUGUUCACAUCAAUGAUGAAAAACAUGAGCCCAGAAAUGAUGGCAAACAUGGGUGAACAAUUUGGAUUUAAGCUUUCUCGGGAGGAUGCAGAAAAAGCUCAACAAGCCAUGUCAUCUUUGUCACCAGAUGACUUGGAUAGAAUGAUGCGGUGGGCUGAUAGGCUCCAGAGAGGAGUGGAAGUUGCGAAGAAGACAAAAAAUUGGCUACUGGGGAAACCUGGUAUGGUUCUGGCUAUAUUUAUGCUCAUUUUAGCAAUCAUCCUUCACCGGCUAGGCUACAUUGGAAGUUAAAGUGGGAUCUCGGUGCACCAGAAUGAGGUGUCAACCUAAUUUUUACCUUUGGAAGUAAUCAGAUCAGAGGUUCAGAGGUUCGGUAUGCAGAUUAGAUGAUAAGAUAGCUGGUGGAGAUGUGUUUAGUGGGUGAAAGACUUCUUCGGCUAAGUGUUUUUGUAUUGAUGUUAGUUGUAAUGAAUUUGUUUGAUUGUUUUGCACUCUUAUGCUCUUGUAAUAAGAGUUUGCUAUGGGAGUUUAAUAAUGUACCUUUUAGAACAUUCGUAAGGGAACCCUAACUUUUGUCAAUGAUACUAGUAAUACUACUGGAGCCAUAUGAUGUUGCAGAGUAUGUUUAGGAA